UGCCCUCACUAGACAUGGCGCUGGCUAGCGUGUUGCAGAGGCCGUUACCGGUGAACCAACGCGGGUUUUUCGGACUCGGGGGUCGCGCGGAUCUGCUGGACUUGGGUCCAGGGAGUUCCAGUGAUGAACUGCAUCUGGCAGCGCCUAAAUGGGGUGUCCCAGAGGAGCCAGGAAUCGAAAUGCUUCAUGGAACCACCACCCUGGCCUUCAAGUUUCGCCAUGGAGUCAUCGUUGCAGUGGACUCGCGGGCCACGGCCGGUGCCUACAUUGCCUCCCAAACGGUGAAGAAAGUGAUCGAGAUCAACCCUUACCUGCUGGGCACCAUGGCUGGUGGUGCAGCAGAUUGUAGCUUCUGGGAGAGGCUGUUGGCUCGGCAGUGUCGCAUCUAUGAACUUCGAAACAAGGAACGCAUCUCUGUAGCAGCAGCCUCCAAGCUGCUAGCCAACAUGGUGUAUCAGUACAAAGGCAUGGGACUGUCAAUGGGCACCAUGAUCUGUGGCUGGGAUAAGAGAGGCCCUGGCCUCUACUAUGUCGACAGUGAAGGGAACCGGAUCUCGGGGGCCACCUUCUCUGUAGGUUCUGGCUCUGUGUAUGCCUAUGGGGUCAUGGAUAGGGGCUACUCCUAUGACCUAGAAGUGGAACAAGCCUAUGACCUAGCCCGACGUGCCAUCUACCAAGCCACCUACAGAGAUGCCUACUCAGGAGGUGUGGUUAACCUCUACCAUGUCCGAGAGGAUGGCUGGAUCCGAGUGUCCAGUGACAAUGUAGCUGAGCUACAUGAUAAGUAUAGUGGAUCUGCUCCCUGAAGGAAGGUGGCUGUGGCUGUUUGCAUUUCUUGGGGUGACUGUCAUUGGUAAUAAGAGCACAACACCCCAUCCUGUAGUGGAGACGGUCCCUAAUUGUAUUGGUCCUUUUUUUGUCUAAUAGCUCAUGUGCAUUGGCCUUUAUGUGUUACCAGUUGUAAAUGAGCAACUGCAGAGGAAGCUAUUUGUUUUACUUUCUUGGCUGUUAACAUUACACUACUC